AUGCUCCUGACUCGCCAGCUGCUGGCAUAUGGCUGGCUCAGUGUGCCACUGGCUGUGGCAAUGGCAGCGACUUUGAGCUUCAACUUGCCCAACCUCGAUCGGGAUGUGGAGCGUCUGGCGAAUGCCACAGUUUAUGUGGCAAGUCGAUACAUUGCGGCACGCAUCAACACGCUCGCCAUUCGCUUCGAUUGCCGUGAUUGCAAUGCCGUCCAGCAGCUGCAACAGAACCAAAUGCUCGACCAGAUGCUGCAACACUUAUCGCCUCACCUCACCAUCUACCUCUCGCGUGGUGCGCCACACGACGCCGCCAAGGAUUAUACGCUCUUCGUGGUGCAUCAGGCGGAGGCCUUUGACAAUUUCAAUGUGAGUGCAACAUACAUUCUGCACGAGCACGAGUUUUAUUUUCUUGUCGUGCUCGUCGCACGGCAAUCGGAGUCGAAGCUGCAUGACUCGGUGCGUCACAUUUGCUCGAUGGCACUGCAAAGUCGCGUUAUCAAUGUGGUUGUGUUGACGAUGCGCUACAAUGGCGAAAUUGCCCUCUAUGCGUACAAGCUCUUCAACGAACACUGCUCGCCGAGCAUUAAUGCCUAUCAGAGUAAUCGAUUUCUUGCCAGCGGAAGUCUGAUGCGCGAUGAGCUUUUUCCGCUGCGCUUCACCAAUCUCAGCAAUUGUGCCCUGAAUGUGACGGCACAUCAGCUGCCGCCGCAUUUCAUGUAUCAGCCGGCCGAUGGUGCCCCAUUGCCUGUGGACGGCAAGUUUAUCGAGUUGGAUGCACUGCGCGGCAUCGAUGGCGAGCUGUUGCGACUGCUGGCGACUGCACUGCGAUUUCGUGUGCGUCUCAUGAUACCGAGCGAUAAAAGCGAAAUCUUUAGUGAAGACACCAUCAACGGCUGCUUUGCUCAGCUCGCUGCUGGCAAAGCGGACAUUGCAAUCGGGGGCUUCAGCGGCUCGGACAAUCGUCGCAUGCAGUUCACCACGUCGGUGGUCUAUCACCAGAGCUACUUCAUCUUUGUGGUGCGCAAGGAGCGCUACUUCGGACCCUUUGGCCAACUGAUGCGUCCCUUCGGCCACAAAGUGUGGCUGUGUCUGCUGGUCAGCUUUCUGGUCGCCCUCAUGUGCGCUCGCUGCCUGGGCCGGCGAGUCGGACUCAAGCAUCCGCUGGAGAAUCUGCUGGCCUCAACGAUUGGCAAUGCGGUGCCGGUGCAUCGCUUGCCACGUGGCGGCUUCUUGCGACACAUGGUUGCAAAUUGGUUGCUGCUCACGCUGGUGCUGCGUUGCGCCUACCAGGCAAAGCUGUUCGAUGUGCUGCGCACUCAUCCCUACAAGCCGCUGCCCAUCGGUCUGGCCGGAUUGCUGCAGGCGAACUACACGUUGAUUAGCACCGGGUAUCAUGACUUCUAUCUGCACGAAUUGACGCGUGUGAGUAAUGGCAACUUCUCGCAACGUUAUAUGUUGGUGCAGCAUGCACCGCUGGGCGCCAGAGUUGCCACCAUUUCGCUGCUGAACAAUCUGGCCCAUUGGAAUAUGCAACAUCGGAACAGCAGUCACUUGACCUACGUCCGCGAGCCCAUCUAUCUGUAUCAGCUGGUCAUAUAUUUUCGACAAAAUUCCUUCUUCAAGUUCACCUUCGAUCGCAAGAUUAACCAGCUGCUCAGCUCGGGAGUCAUGGCGCACAUUGAGCGUCGCUAUCUGCAGGUCUCGUAUGCCGAUCUUGAUUACAAUAUUCGGCUGGUGCCGCGCAUCACCAACAAAAUGCUGCGUGGCGUUUAUCGAUGUUUUAUCGUGAUCAUGGGCGUGGCCAGCGGCCUCUUUCUGCUCGAGCGUUUGGCAUUGCGUUGCCGCUGCUUGAGGCGACUCUUCGACAGGCUGCAGUGA